UCUCACUGCCGUUCAUUGCUGUGUGCUUCCCUUCCCAGCGCAAGGGUCUCCCGGUGUGGCAGCCCCUGCAGAAAGCCACCCGUUGUUUAAUCCCGAGGACGGACAGGGGUGAAGGUACACUCGGAAUACUGUGCCGGAGUCACGCUUGGUUGGUGUUAGAGCGCUGCGCUGGGAGCUUUCCGAUACCCCGCGUCCGGCUGAAAAUGCCGGGUCAGAAAUAGGCUGCGGGACUGUCUGGGAAAUUCAUGGGGAAGGCUGCCGUCCGGCGCUGCCUUCCGUUUCACUGAAGGGUUGGUAUUGAUUGUUCGCACAGAGUCAGCUGCGGAAGGGAAACGGGAACGAUGAGCUCUUAAGAAGUACUUGGGCUCCCAGUGACACUUGGACAAGGAAUUUAAAUCAAAGGCAAAGACUGCAUUGGCACCUUAUCCUGAGUCAAGGCCACAGGACCGGAUGGGGACAAUAGCAGGAGAACUGGAUGCCCAGACAGUGCCAAGGUUGGUAGUGGGCAGUGAAGGCCUUGGAGGAAGCUCUUGCAGCAACAGCCAAUGGAAACCAACAUCUCCAGACCAUCAGAAGGCUCUGGGCUCAUGUCCUGGGACAAAUGUGGGCGUCGCCAGCUCCGCUCCUCCUCCAUUUGCACCCGGCCAGGAUGGGUCCGGCGAAGGGGAACAGGAACAGACGAGUGCACCAGCCGCAGGGAAUGACAGUUGUGACAGCGCAGGCAAGGACACUGUGAAGCAAAGUCAGUUAGCCAUAGCACCGGGCAAGCAGACGGGAAGUGGGCCAGAAACACAGCAAAUAGAACAUUCUCAACCUGGACCUUCUGGUGGUCUACAUAGCAAGGAUGGGGACACAGGGCCUCCUGGGACUGAUGGUGAGCUGAUCAAGGGUGUGGGCACAGAACUCCCUGGGACUGAUGGUCAGUGUCCCAAGGUAAUGGACACAGAACAUCCUGGGACUGACGAUCAGCAGAUCAAGUGUGUGGACACAGAACCUUCUGGGAUUGAUGGUCAGCCGAUCAAGUGUGUGGAUACAGUUGAUGUUCAACAGACCAAGGGAGUGGAUACAGGACCCCUUGAGGCAGAUGUUCAACAGACCAAGGAUGUGGAUAUAGAGCUUCCUGGGGCUGAUGGUCAAUGGACCAAUGAUACAGACACAGGACCACCUGGGGCUGUUGGUCAACUGAUCAAGUGUGUGGACACAGAAUCUCCUGGGACUGAUGGUCAGUGGACCAAGGUUGUGGAUACAGGGCUUCCUGGGACUGAUAGUAAGUUGGUCGAUAUUGGAAACACAGGACCUACUGUGGUUAAUAGUCGGCAGAAAAAAGGUUUGGACACUCAACUUUCUGGGGCUGAUGAUCAGUGGACUAUGGAUGUGGAAUCUGGACCUUCUGGGACUGACAGUCACCAGACAAUGGUUUGGGGCACAGGAUCUUUUGGAACCAAUGAUGUGGAGACCCACAGUCAACACCUUAAAGGAGAUGAGAAGGGUUCAGAACUGGGUCAAGAGAUAAGACUGGAUGGGCACCUCCAAAAAUCUCCCCAUGUCCAGAAAACUGAAUGGGAUGGCAUUGAAAGAGAAGGGGGAAAGAAUGUUGGCGGUGAGACUGACCCAGCAAUGAAGGAUAAUGUCGAACCAGGUGACAGGAAAGGAGGAACAGCUGAAGCUGAAUCUGAAGCUGAAAACAGUGAGCAGCAACUGGGAAUUGGAAUGAAGGGAGAUGCCAUUCCCAAAACUGGCCCGCCAUUUCUUGAGGAAAUUCAUGGGCUACAGAUUGCAUCAAAGGGAAACAAACUGUCUAUCCACGACUGUCCCACAGAACAGCAGUCAACCAUGCCACCAUUGGGUGCUGAAUCAAACCAAAGGGGAAAAAGCCAACAAGAUGAGUGCAAAUUUAAGGACGCAGAGACAAUGACGACCCAGUCUCCAGCCAGCUCCUUUCCUCCCAACCGGAAUAGGUCCUGUCGGGAUGUUGAGGUCCAGGCAGUCCUGCAAAGUUUUCAGUGUAAAUCAACCGCAACCAGUCCCAAGAGCCCAGUGCCUGGAUUGGCAGGAAGCUCACUGAGUGAUUACUGGGGUGCUCAGAAAGUCUGUUCAGAAAGUAGUAACUCCAAACCCUACAUGGCUAAUAACCACACGGUGUGCAUCAGUGGCGCCCAGCAGGGGUUGGAACAACUGAAGAUCACUUGUACAUUUGCAGAGGACUCUGAGCAAUCAAGUAUCAUUUGUGAGCUCAGUGAAGAGUCAACUGGCAUGGAAUCCUGUCAGGGUAACAAAGAAAAUGAGCAGAAAUCUCCUCAGGGAUCUGACUGUCAUCGGCUGACAAUGACUCGUGACAACAGAAGUGGGCUGCUUGUUUCUGGAGUUCCAGAUCAUGGACAGGGGCAAUCUGCUGCUGUCAUAAGUCAAUCAAAACUUGGUGAAACUGGACCACAUGACCACUUGCAGCUCAGAGCAGAACCUGACUACUCAAAAGGUAUGUCUCAGAUACACCAAGGACCCAAGCAGUCAGAGAAUGCUUGUGUUGAUGGUGACAAUUCAGACCAAUCAAAUAUUAAUAAUAGCAUCAGACAAGAAGCCUCCCACCUCCCCUCGUUACAUUGUGUUGCUGAAGCAUCUGUACAUAGCCGUGUUGCUGCUUGCCCCAAUAACAAAAACAACCAAUCACAAACCAUCCUUGGUAAAGCAGGCCAGUCCAGCAUUGCUGCUGACAUCAGUAUGAAAGUCCAACCACAGAGAAGUAGCAAAGAAUCUGACCAAUCAAAACAAGGACCUGUAAUAAGUUGGCAAUCUGGCCAACUAAAGGACAGCUGUAAUAAAUCUGACCAAUUGAAAAUAGACUCUGACAUUAGCAAGCCAGUCAAAAGCCUAGAAUUUGCUAAAGACAUUCAAGGGAUAUCUGAUUGGUCACUCAUUGUGGAUAAUGAUGAAAAGGAUUGUGCUCAAGCACAAGCGGCUGGUGACAGGAUUAAUUAUUCUGGCCAAUCAGGUGUCAAAAAGGAGCACGUUCAGUCAAAACAUGACCCCAGAAAGGAAACUAAGCAAUCUAAAGAUGGUAUCAAUAUAAUAUCUGUCCAACUGCAAAGUAUAGAACCUGGCCAAUCACAAAGCCCUUACAAUAUCAUAGAGGAAACUGAUCAGCCAGACUCUGACCAGAACGCAAGGAAAGCAUCCAGCCAAUCAAAAGAUGCACACAGUAUUAAUAAGGGAUUGGCCCAGUCACAAGCUGCUUGUGAUGUCAGGAAAGAACCUAGGCAAUUGAAAACUGAUUUGAACAACAGCAAAGGACCUGGCCAGCUAACAGCUUCAUAUGACAACUGUAAGGAAGUAGCCCGAUCGAAAGCAGGUGAUUUUGCUAAGAAGGAAUCUGUGCAAUCAAAAAAUACUCCUCACCUCAGUAAGCAGUCUGACAGUUUUAAGACUGGAAAAGCAAAACAGACUAUUGAUGUGGAAGUUGAACCAGAGCAGAUGGCCAGUGAUGCAAGCAAAGAGACAGUGCAGUCGAAGAAUGUCCGCGACGUGAUCUGGGAUGAACAGGGAAUGACCUGGGAGGUGUAUGGAGCUUCACUUGACCCUGAAUCAUUGGGAUUUGCCAUUCAGUGUCACUUACAGAGACAGAUCGUGGAGUAUGAGAAGCAAAUCAAGGUAAACAACCAGAGCAAAAGAUCAGCGUCCAUAGACGCAACCCCUGGGAGCAAUAAACCUAACAAAAGGAGGCAGCAAAAUAUAUUCAGGACAGUUCUACAGAACAUGAGGUCCCCACAGUGUUGUGUCCGUCCAGAACCUUCAUCUGUAAUUGACUGAAAUUAAUUUAGCAAUAUUUCAAGAACCCUUCAAAUUGUUUGAGACGGACUGCUUUAUAAUUUCUUUUUCCUGGACACGUUUAUGGACAGAUUUUUUUUUCUUAGCAUACGUGAGUGGGUGACAUUAUUCCACAUGGCCAUUCUAUUGUGUGUCAUUUUUUCUAGAGGAACCAUGUAGGUUGAUUGUUAGACAAUAAUGUCCACCAGCUGUAGAUACAAUGAGUGGUUAGCUAUUAUUUCAUAAAGGGUAAAUUAAUAUUAUAGAGAUAACUGGUUUGUGAAGAUUUUAUUCAGAAAUUCUUGGACUCAAAAAAUGUGUAUCCAUUAUCUUGAAACUCAUGAAAAUCACACGAUGGCAUAGAAUGCAUGAAAACAAUUGGUAUAUUUUAGUUGGAGCAAAAAAACUGCAGAUGCUGGAAUUCCAAAAGAAAAACAGAAAAUGCAGGAAGCUUUACACACUCAUACUUCUUCCAAUUUAGUGUAUUGCACUUAGUACCACAAUGUGGUCUCCUCUACAUUGGAGAAACCAAAUGCAGAAUGGCUGACCACCUUGCAGGACAAUACUGCUCAGUCUGCAAGGGCAGCCCUGAGCUUCCAGUCACCUGUCACUUUAAUUCUUACCCCACUCCAACUCUUGCCUCCAAUGUAAGCUUGAGGAACAGCACCUUAUUUUCCUUCUUGGCGUGUGCUAGUCAUCGGGACUUAAUAUUGAAUUUAACAAUUUCAGGUAACAUCAUUUUAUUCUCCCUCUCCCUCUCCCUUUCUCCCCCUCACCCCCCCCCCCCACAAAGGAAUGACUAUUUCUACUUCAAUUUGCUUCUUCUUUCUUGUUUCCAACUGCUGAUUUUUAAAAAAUAAUUGUCGCCUUGGCAACUUUUGUCUGCACCCUGUCACAGACACUCCCUCUGCUCCCCACAAUCCUCCCUCCCUCUCCAAUUUAAAACACACUUGCCUUCUCACAUUUCCAGUUCUGAUGAAGGGUCCUUGAUCCCUCCCUCCCUGAUGCUGCACGGCCUGCCAAGCACUUCCAGCAUUCUCUGCUUUUGAUAUACUUCGAUGUUUGGUCAUGCUUUGAGGGAUAAAGUUUACAUAAGCAGCCCGUGACAUUUACAGUUCUGUGGUUCCUGUAGAAUGUCAUCUGAAAAGCAAAUAAGUGUUGAAACAUGUUGAAAUAGAGCCAACAGUAUGAUUAUUUGUAGAAGUACAGGGUAUUAAGCAGAUUCCUAAAUUCAUUAAGGAACGUAACACUUGUUCCAAAUACAUAUGUUUCAUGUUACUUGAUGUGCUCUAUUUAGUAAACCAGAAAACUUUUUAUGGUAUUAAUAUAUGACUAGAAGUAUCAAUAUUAUGCAUCUUAGCUCACCAUCCCAGGUGAAAUAUAUAACUGUCUGUAAUUAAUUUCAACAACAGCACUAACAGUUGUCAAGUUUUCAGCUAAUCUUUUUGUAUUGUAUUAAUGUGAAUUGACUGUCUUUUACUAAGUCUGGAUGCAGUUUCCUAUGAAAACUUAUUCCGUAUCCAUUCCCCUUAAUCCAGUGAAUGACCAGUAGUAAAGAGUGAUUGGUACUUGGUAGCGGCCUACACUGCGUUGAGAAUCUUACGAUGCAGAUGAGAGAGCUAAGAUCAUUUUAAGUCCCGUUGUUGAAUUGGAUUGCGAUGAGUAGAGAACGUGCUGCAAAAAGGAAUUUCUUUGCAGCAGGAGGUGCUUCCUGUUUCCAUAGUAUUUCAGUCACUUGCUCUUCCUACCCCAUUACAUUGUUCCUCUCCUCUACCUCUUGAAGAAAUGCAUUUAUAGAGUAAAGUUGGUUGUGGUCAUCGACGAUCAGCAGAAUCAAAGUAGAUCUUGUUAAGACUUAUAAGUUUCUGGGUGGGUUUGACAGGUUAGAUGAUGAUAAGCACUUUCCUUAAGCCAGAGUCUAAAACUAGAGCUCAUAACAUUAGGACAAGGAGCUUUAAAUUCAGAUCAAGAGAUAUCUGCAGGAAUGUAGCCGCCUUUACUCAAAAGACUGCCAAUCUCUGCUUAGUUGUUGAGUACAUUCAAGGCUAAAAUGGAUAGAUUUUUGAAGACUAAGAAAAUCAAGGGAAAUAGAAAAUGAGCAGCAGGUUGGAUCAAAGAACGCUUCACUGUAACUGAUUGGAAAGUGAUUAGAGCUGGCACCAAGGGACACAGAUCAAGAUUGAUCCACUCCCAGGACUAUAAUUAUCCAGCUUGAAGAGAACAAGAACUUAAUGUGAAGCUACUGAGUUGUGUAGUGCACAAUAAUUUAAAUACAAAAUUGGUUAGGAGGCACCAGAUUUUUUUGUGAUACCUGUAUCAAAGUAUGGAGAAACACCAAAUUUGCUCUGUGUUGCAAAUCCAUUUAAUUUAAGCAAACUGAAUGGAAAUUAAUUUGUUUGAAAAAGUAGAAUGGAAAUGGGCCAUGCUUGAUAGUUUUGUAGCAAACAUGUCCAUUUACUGGAAAAAAAAUAGUUGAUUUUGUAAAUUAUUGAUAUUGUUAUUUGGGAGCAGAGUGUCGCAGCCUCUCACCGUCAGACACCCAGGUUCAAUCCUAACCUCAGGUACUGUUUGUGUGGAGUUUGCACAUUCUCCCUGUGACUCCAUGGGUUUCCUCUGGGUGCUCCAGUUUCCUCCCACAUCCCAAAGAAAUGCAGGUUUGUGGUUAAUUAGCCACUGUAAAGUUUCCCCCAGUGUGUAGUUGAGUGGCAGAAUCUGGGGGGGGGGGGGUGUUGAUGACAAUGUAGAGAUUGUGGGAUUAAUUCAGGAUUAUUGUUAAUGGGUGAGUAAUGAUCAGCAUGUACUUGGUGGGCUCAAAGGCCUGGUUCCAUGUUGUUUCUAUGACAAUUUCUCAUGCAACAAAAGCAACAUGCAUUUAAAUAAUGCCUUUAAGGCAGUGAGAUAUUAUCAAACAAAAAUUUGACGUCAAGCCAUAUAAAGAGGUACCUGUUCAGAUAAUUAAAAGUCUUGCGAAAGACAAUGCAUUUAAGGAGCACUUUAAGGGGGAAGCAGGAGAAAGGGCAAGGGUUUGGGGAGAGAAUGCCAUCAGUCAUGAAGCAUUUAAAAUCAGGACAGCACAUGAAGCCAGAAAUGGAAGAGUGAAGAGCUUUCAUGUGGUUGUAGGGCUGAAGGGGUUAACAGGGGUUGGGGGAGGAACUGGGUGGUGGUAAGGUAGUGCGGGUGGAGGGCGAGGUAGAGUGGGAUUUGAAAACAAGGAUAGGGAUUUGAAAUUGAGGGUUGAUGUGUGGGUGGGACCUGGUGUGCAUUAUCACACGGGGAGGGAGUGGUUUGGAUGAUUUUGGAUUUACGCAGGGAAAUGUGGAAGGUCAUGGAAUAUUCAACUCAAUCUGCGGAAAGACCCAAGGUAAAGACUCAACAAACUUAGCCCCUCUUUACAAACAGAUAACCUUUCCAUUUUAUUGGAAAACCCAGAAAGAAAUUAAAUUUGACCUAUGGGGAUUGGGGAUUAUUAUUGUCACAUGAACUGAGAAACAGUGAAAAACUUUGUUUUGUUUUAUUUUUUGCUUUGUUCUACUUACGUUGUGAAGUGAUCCUUAAAGAUCAUUUCACAACAUAAGUACAUCAAGAUAGAACAAAAAAAAAGCAAUAACAGAAUGCAGAAUAUAGUGUUCUAGUUACAUUGCAGAGAAAGUGCAGUGUAGGGAGACAAUAAAGUGCAAGGGCCAUGACGAGAUAGAUUGUGAGGUCAAGAGCUUUAUCAUACAAGAGGCCCAUUCAGGAGUCUUAUAAGAGCAGAACAGAAGCUGUCAUUGAGCCUGGUGGUACAUGUUUUCAAGCUUUUGUAUCUUCUGCCCGAGGGACUGUGGGCAGAAUGAGAGAAUAGAGAAUCUCUGAGCUGGGAGGUGUCCUUGGUCCAAGGGUCUCUUGGAUUUAAUUAUAAUUCAAUGGAUUACGUUAAAACUUGGGAUUUACAAAGGAGUGUGUUUGGGGUGAUGGAAAUGGUGUACAUGAAUCCUGAUGGGUCAAGGAACUGGAACUUAACUGCUAGGCUCCAUUUUUAUUUAUAUAUGUACAUAUUCUCAGAGUCCUGCCUCAGAUUGUCCAGAUCCACAGUGUCCAAUGCUGUCACUGGUCACCACUCCCAUUCAGGGCCCAGCUAUAAUUCCAGAUCACAUCCCAGUGAUGCCAUUAGACCCAAGCCGCUUAUUUGAAAGAAGGGCUUCAUCCCUGUAGAUUUUCCCUCCUCUGAAGAUCAGGAUAGACUGGGUUGGCUGCAGGAUCAGGGAGGCCAGGAGAUUGGCCUCAUUUUAGCUGCUCAUGUUCCCUACCUAAACAAGUGUGAUUUAAAUUGCUAUCUGGGGGCUUGAGUUACAAGGAAAGGUUGUGUAGACUAGGACUUUAUUCCCUGGAAUGCAGGAGAUUGAGGGGUGACCUGAUAGAGGUAUACAAGAUCGUGAGGGGCAUAGACAGGGUGAAAACACAUUGUCUUUUUCCCAGGGAGGGGGUGCUAAAGACAAGGGGGCAUAGGUUUAAGAUCAGAGGUGAUAGAUUUAAAAGGGACAUCAGGGGCAGCUUCUUCACGCAAAAGGUAGUGCGUACUUGGAAGGAGCUGCCAGAAAUAGUGGUUAAGGUGGGCACAUCAGCAACAUUUAAAAGCCAUCUAGUUAAGUACAUGAAUAGGAGAGGUUUAGAGGACUAUGGGCCAAAUGCGGGCAGAUGGGACUAGCUUGCUGGGCAACACAGUUAGCAUGGACGAGUUGGGCAGAAGGGCCUGUUUCCAUGCUGUAUGACUCUAUGACUAUGACACUAAAUCUGGGGCUAAAGUCUUGUGAAUCUUCUCAUUGUAUAAUACACAAUAAAGUCCUGGAGGGGAUAUACUUGACCUUCCCUUGGAGGUUACCUGCUCUCCUUGGCCUGUGCAGAUAUACUGAUGUAGCAAUCUUGAUACUUACCUCAUCAAUUUUUCCUACCUUCAUUGGCACCACAAUUAUUUAACUUGAUUAUCCUUCCCACAGGCACCUUUAUCACCACAAACCUAUUUACAUUUGUUCCAUUCCUCUGAAGAAAAUAUUUCAAUGUUAUUAAUUGCUAUAUGUUGCAUUUUUUAAAAUGUCACACUUUAUUUCUGUUAAAAAUGUAAUAAAUGUGAUAUGCAGUAAGAAUUUCUGUUUAGAGUUUUCUCCCAAGGGUCUGGAAUUUUGAUGCUCUGUAUUUUCUAAGACUGAACCAUCCUAUAGCUCCUUGUGGGCAGAGACUUUAUUUACAAGCUGCUCCUAGACAGUGUGGUUGAAACAAAAAGGGUGCAUCUAUACAGUACUUUCCCAAUUCAGGAACUCUUAAAGUGCUUUACAGCCAAUGAAUAUUUUCAUAGUAUUGCCCUCGAUUUACUGUAGGAAAUUCCCCUCCAUUUUGUUCACAGCAAGCUCUCACAAAUAGCAAUGAGACAAAUAAUCAAGUCAUCAGUGUUAGGAGAUGGUUUUGGCAUAAGUGGUGCCUUGAGAACUCUCCUGAUCCCUUGUGAAAAGUGCUAUGGGAAACUCUAUAUCCCAAAGGAUGGAUGGUGGCUGUGUUUAGAGAAUGGUGGUACUUCAGACAGUGCAGCACUCCCUCAGAUCUCUAGAGUGAGUCUUCAACACACAGCUUUCUGACCUGUAAGUAAGAUUGUUACUGUUGAACCUGUUGAUGCUAAUGAUAUCACAUUUCCACUGGGAAUGGAGAUACAGGCAACCCCUACAUUAUGACUGUUCGGGUAACAGAAAUUUGACUUCACAAAUCACUACCCAAAAAUUUGAGAUAUGGAUUAAAAUUCCCUCUCAUGUAAUUUAAUUGGGAGGAAAAAUAGUGAAAAAAACCCCACAAAAUUAGAUUUUGUUUCAACGUUCACAGAUGACGUGACUUUGCGUUGUGGAAAACCACGAUGCAGACCGUUCUCUAAGAACAGAACUCCCCUGUAACGUGGGGAUUGUCUGUUUAGGAGGUGGGAAGUGAUGCCUGCCUGAAUCCCUUGGGCAGGACUUGUCUCUCAUCUAUCGUUAUGUUGGCACCAGGGCUGAAUGUAACUGGUAUGAUUGUACAAAUCUCUUUCUGGUGUGGUUCUAGCAUAAGUAUGGGUAUGGGUCCCUACUGGCUCACCUUCACUCUGGUUGGUACAUUAGAAGAAGCUAGAAGGUAGGACAUGAUUAUUUCCUGUCAUUGGUGUCAUAGGAACACUGAACACCAAGGUACCAGCUUGGACACCUGACCAAUCAAUCUCAAAUCAACCAGGUUUGAACAUUGUGAACAGGUCUGGAGGGUAAUUGUAUUGCUACCACUGUAUGGACCAACUUCAACAAGUGUUUUGGCUUCAGUGAGUGCUCUGAGGACAUUGCCAGUUCUAUACUCAGGUCUGUUGCACCUUGCCACUUGCCACCUUCUCAUUCUAAAUCCACUUUAAAAGCUUAUCCUUAACUUCUGUUAUUUAUUCUCAAAUAUUGCCGUGUCUCCUUUGUCCAUUAUCUGCUUUCCUGUUGACCCACAUUAGUUUCUGAUCUCCCAGCCUCUCUCAUUAAAACUCACCAAUUAAAGACUCUCAUCCUUGCAUUUCAACUGACCUAUACUGAAUAUAGAUUGUGACUACAUCCUGUGGCCUCCUGCCAUUUGGGCUUGCCAGCAUUGUACUUCAAACAUAACGAUGGCCAGAAGCUGUAGUCAUGUCUGGGAUCCAUUGUCGAGGGUGGGGCUUGUAUUCUAUGAGUGGAUUUUACCUUUCCUUCUGAGACAUUGCUGCCUGGUAACCUGUUAUUUACCACUCAGUGGGAACUCUUAGUUUUCUCCACUGUACAAAUUCUUUUGUAUUGUUUCUUUGAAGAAGAUACUGCUUGGAUCUCAUCAGAAGAUGUCGUUGGGAUUCCAGCAAAAGUGGAUGAAGAGGAGGGAUUGGUUUAUUAUUUUCACUUGUACCAAGAUACAGUGAAAAGCUUUUGUUCUGCAUUCUGUUUUCUUUUUGAUACCUCGAUGUAAUUAUGUAUAGCAUGAUCCAAAUAGCUCGUCAUACAUACAGCGAGGUAGCAAAAGGAAAGCAGAAUGCAGAAUAUAGUGUUGCAGUUACAGAGAGAGUGCAGUGCAGGUAGACAAAUGAAGUGCAAGGGCCACAAUGAGGUAGAUUGGGAGAUCAAAAGUUCAUCUUCAGCGUAUGAGAGGUCCAUUCAAGAGUCUGAUAACAGUGGGAUAGAAGCUGUCCUUGAGUCUGGUGGUACUUCCUCUCAAGCUUUGGUAUCUUCUGCCUGAUGGGAGAGGGGAGAAGAGAAGAUGACCGGGGUGGGAGGGGUCCUUGAUUAUGUUGGCUGCUUUCCUGAGGCAGGGGGAAGUGUGGACAGAGUCCAUGGAGAGAAGACUGGUUUGUGUGAUGGACUGGGUUGUGUUUACAACUCUCUGCAAUCUCUUGCAGUCUCCGGUAGAGCAGUUGCCAUACCAAGCUGUGAUGCAUCCAGAAAGGAUGUUUUCUGUGGUGCAUCGAUAACUAGUUCCAUAACAUAGAUAAAUUACUGGGUCUGCAUGGGAAAUCAAAGGUUGCUGAGGGAGAUAAAGGAGGAAAUUGCAGAAUUCCUGGACAUAAUGGGUGCCUAGGAGAUCCACCAGGAUUUUGCCUGGAUUGGCAUAUAAAGUGAGACUGGAAAAGGUGGGUUUGUUUUCCUUGGAGCAGAGAAGGCUGAGGGAUGACCUGAGAGAGGCAUUUAAAAUUAUAAGGGGUUAGAUAGGGUAGAUAGUAAAGAUCUUUUUCCCAAUGUGGCGGUGUCUAAGGCAAGAGGGAAUAGAUUUAAAAUGAGAGGUAGGAGGUUCUGAGGGGAAAUUUUUUUUUUAACAAAGAGUGGUUGGAGUUUGGAAUGUGCUGCCUGAGGAGAUGGUGGAGGCAGAUGAUCUCAUAACACUUGGGAGACAUCUAGGCAAGUACUUGAAUUGCCAAGGCUAUGAAUCGAAUAUCGCUAAAUGGGAUUAGUAUAAAUAGGUUUCUCAUGAUGAAACACACGGGUUUCUGGAAUGGCAGGUUUGUCACAUGUGGAAGAAUUGAGGUGGCUGGGCCUUUAUCCUCUGAGAGGAUAUUUGAAGGUAGAACAUUUUCAGGGGACUCAACUGCGUAGAUGUGGAAUGAGGAAUCCAGAACUAGAGGUCACAACCUCAAUAAGGGAUGGACGUUUUGGACUGAAACGAGGAUAAAUUGCUCACGCAUUUGUGAAUGUUUGGAAUUCUCUACUCUGGAGGGCUGUGGAAGCUCCGUCAUUGAUUGCAUUCAGAAGAGAGCUUGAUAGAGUUUGAAUAUUAAGUGAAUUAAGGGAUUUGGAGAUAGGGCAUGAGGUGUCCAAGAGAACCGAGGGCAGGGUGGUAGAUGUUGUCUACAUGGACCUUAGCAAGGCCUUUGAUGAGGUCUGGCAUGGUAGGUUGGUCUGGAAGGUUGGACUACAUGCGGUAUAGGGUGAGUAGGCAUGGUAAUAGGCUUGAUAGUGGGAGGCAGAGGGGUUAAAGGAGGGUGGUUUUUCAGAUUGGACGCCAAUAAUCAGUGGUGUGCCAUCGGGAUCGGUGCUGGGUCCUUUAUUGUUCAUCACGUGUAUUAAUGGUUUGGAAGAGAAUGUACGUGACAUGAUUAGUAGAUUUGCAGUUGACACCAAAAUUGGUGGUACAGUGGGCAGGGAAGGAGGUUGACUAAGUUUGCAACAGAAAAUAGGAAAGUGGGCAAGGGAAUGGCUGAUGGAAUUUAACUCAGACAAGUGCAAAGUGAUGCAUUUUGAAAAGUUAAACCAGGGCAGGACAUACGCAAGGAAUAACAGGACCCUGGUGAGUGUUAUUAAAUAGCCAGACCUUGAGGUACAAGCAUAUAGUUCCCCGAAAAUUACAAUACAGGUGGACAGAAUGGUGAAGAAGGUUUAUGGAAUGCAUGUCUUCAUCGGUGGAGGCAUUGAGUUAGGAGUUGGGAUGUGAUGUUACAGUUGUACAGAUUGUUGGUUUGACUGCACGUAGAGUAUUGUGUGCAUUUCUGGUCACCAUGUGAUGGGAAAGAUGUGAUUAAGCUUGAGAGGUGCAGAAACGAGUAAUAAGAAUGUUGCCUGGACUGGAGGGGUUGAGUUAUAAGGAGAGAUUGGAUAGGCUGGGACUGUUUUCCCUGGAGCGAAGGAGACUGAGGGGUGACCUUCUGGAGGUUUAUAAAAUCAUUAGGGGCAUGGAUAAGGUGGAUGGUCACAGCUUUUUUUUCUCAGGAUAGGGGAGCCUAAAAUAAGAGGACAUGGGUUUAAGGUGAGAGGGGAAAGAUUUAAAGGGGAUCUGAGGGGCAGGAUUUUCACACCGAGGGUGGUGGGUAUGUCAAGCGAGCUGCCAGAGGAGAUGUUAGAGGCAGGUACGAUUCCAAGAUUUAAAAGACAUUUGGACAGGUACAUGGAUAGAAAAGGUUUAGAGGGAUAUGGGCCAAAUGCAGGCAAAUGAGUUUAGCUUGGGUAAGCAUCUUGGUCAGCAUGGAUGAUUUGGGCUGAAGGGCCUGUUUCUGUGCUGUAUAAUUCUAUGAAUCUGUGAAAGUAGUGUUGAGGGAGAAGCUCAGCUAUGAUCUUUGUUAUAUGGUGUAUCAGGUUUGAGGGGCCAAACAGUGAACUUCUCUCCAGUUUCUAAUGUUCUUAUGAUCUGAUAGAGAGAUCUAAAACUAUGAAGAGUAUAGACAGGUAGAGAAGAACUGUUCCCAUUUGUGGGUCAAGAACCAGGAGACGUAGUGUGAAGGUGGUUGGCAAGAGAAAGAAAAGUGAUGAGGAAAAUCAUGUGGGCUGUUCAGAGUUGCAUUGAACUACCAAAGGAGUAGUGGAGGCACAUUUAAUUGUGGUGUUCAAAAAGCAGGUGGAUAAGUAUCCAAAAGGAAAUUAUUUGCAGAAGUUUGGGGAAUGAGUGGGGAGUGGGAUAAGGGCUCAGUUGGACUGUUCUUGCAUGGAGCCAGGACAGACUCAAGAGGUUGACUGGCCUCCUUUUGUGCUCUUACUGUUCUGUGAUUUUUGUUUUGGAUUUGAAUUCAACCUUUGCAGAACCAAGUUGUGUAAACGUUGUGAUAAAUAAAGAAUUCUUUCACAAGAUCACAAGACAAAGGAGCAGAAGUAGGCCAUUCGGCCCAUUGAACCUGCUCCGCCACUUCACCAUGAGCUAAACUAUUCUCCCAUCCAGCCCCAAUUCCUGGGCUUUUCCCCAUAUCCCAUGAUACCCUGACUAAUUAGCUACCUAUCAAUCUCCUCUUUAAACACCCCCAAUGAUCGGGCCUCCACAGCUGUACUUGGCGACAAAUUCCAUAAAUCCACAACCCUCUGGCUAAAGAAAUUUCUCUUCAUCUCUGUUCUAAUUCUUUGCUGAUCUUCAUCAGGAAAAGGUUAUUUCCAGAAAGCACAGAAGACAACCUUCCUGCUCACUCCACUGGCGUCAGUAAUCAGCCUCCUCUCAGCCCAGCCUGACAUUGCAGAAUUCUCUCCUUAAACCCUUCUGACCCUCCCCUCUCCUUUGACACCACCCUCAGUUUGUUUUCUCUUCAGCUUUCACAAGUCUCCAUGGGACAAUAUAUACUGUAUAAUAAGUCUGACAUCAAUUCAAAUAUAUUCAAAGAUGGAAUAUUCCCUUGGCGAUUUGGUUCAAAAUUUCAGUGGCUGAGGCAAAAAAAUAAUGCAUUCUAUUUCACUUUCCAGCCCUAGUGUAUAAUGCCUUUUGGACCACAGCAGAAUGAUCUUUCUUUCAUAUUAUACGAGUUCACUAAAAUUAACAAGACUUGAUUAUUUGAAUUGGUGUCAGCCGCACACAGAGGUCAGUCCUUUUGUACAGUGAUUUGAAUUCCAUGAGUGAUUGUAGUAAUUACAUUCUACUGUGCUUGGAUAAUGAAAUUGUGUUUGAGAGCCUCACCUGGUUCAGUAUGUUCUUUGAAUAACUCUCCAGUCGUCUGAUAGAUUUCUUUGUAGUUUUCUUGUAAUCCAUGUUGCAAUAAAUCAACAUUCUAAAAUGUGAAUAUUCUCACGACUACAAGGCAUUCUGUCAUAUCUCUUUAGUGUCAUCAGGAUCAUGUUUCAUUCACAGGAUUUUAGUUCCUUGCAAAAAUAAAUAAGUUUAUUGUCUGUCUUCACAUAGGAAAGCCAUUUGCUGUUCUCCUCUCUUUGAAAUCUCCUUUGAUCACAAUGCUGCCUGAUGUUCCUAGUACUUCGGACUCAUUUUUCUCUGGCAAUCAUUAGUUUCUUGGGAAUUUGUACCUGUAGCUCAGUCACUGGCAUGUGUGCUCCUGAAUCAAAAGGGAGUGGUCUUAAGAUCCCAUUCCAGAGACUUGAGCAGAAAAAUCUCAGAAUCAGAAUCAGAUUUAUUAUCACUAACUAAUAAGACAUGGAUUUUUUUGUUUUGCAGCAGUACAGUGCAAAGACAAAAUUACUGUAAAUUACAAAACUAAAUAGUGUAAAAAAAGGAAUAAUGGGAUAGUAUUCAUGGGUUCACGGACCAUUCAGAAAUCUGAUGGCAGAGGGGAAGAAGCUGUGUCUGAAUCAUUCAGUGUGGGUCGUCAGGCUCCUGUACCUCCUCCCUGACGGUAGUAAUGAGAAGAGGACAUGUCCCGGAUGGUGAGGGUCCUUGGUGAUGGAUGCUGCCUUCUUGAGGCACCGCCUGUUGAAGAUGUUGUUGAUGGUGGUGAGGGUUGUGCCUGUGAUGGAGCUGGCUGAGUCUACAACCCUCUGCAGCCUCUUGCGAUCCUGUGUAUUGGAGCCUCCAUACCAGGCUGUGAUGCAACCAGUCAGAAUGCUCACCACUGUACAUCUGUAGAAAUUGGUAAGAAUCUUUGGUGGCAUAUCGAAUCUCCUCAAACUCCUAAUGAAGUAGAGCAGUGGAGUGCCUUCUCUGUGAUUGCAUCAAUGUGUUGGGCCCAGGAUAGAUGACCCUUAAGUGCAGUGUCAGAGAGUUGUGGAAUCAUACCACACAAACAGGCCCUUCAGCCCAUUGAGUCUGUGCCACCCAGCAAGAACCCAUCUACACUAAUCCCAUUUUAUUCUUCUGACAGUCCCAUCAACUCCUCCCCAGAUUCUAGCACUCACCUACAAACUAGGGGCAUCUUACCGUGGUAAAUUUACCUACCAACCUGUAUGUGCUUGGGACGUGAAAGGAAACCAGAAUACGGGGAAGAAACCCAUGCUGUCACAGGGAGAAUAUGCAAACUCUACCACAGACAGUGCCAGGGAUCAGGAUUGAACCCAUGUCACAGGAGCUGUGAGACAGUGGCUCUACUAGCUGCACCACUGUGCCACUAUAAACAUGUAAGCCUUUUUAAUGACUCCAAUGGAAAGGUGCAUUCAGGUACUAAUUUACUGCCCAGGGAGGGGGCUGCUGAUUGGGACAGAACAUGGAACAUUACGGCACUGUACAGGCCCUUCGGCCCAUGAUGUUGUGCCGACAUCCUAUCCUGCUCUAAGAUCUAUCUAACCCUCAAUUUCUCUGUCACUCAUGUGGCUAAGAGUCUCUUAAAUGUCCCUAAUAAAACUGCCCCCAGAGCCUAUGCUGGCAGUGCAUUCCAUGCACCCACCACUCUGUGUAAAAAAAAAAAACUUACCUCUGACAUCCCCCUUAUACCUUCCUCCAAUCACCUUAAAAUUAUGCUCCCUCGUGUUAGCCAUUUUUGCCCUGGGAAAAUGUCUCUGACUGUCUACUUGAUCUAUACCUCUUAUCUUGUACAUCCCUAUCAAGUCACCCCUCAUUCUUCUUCACUCCAAAGAGAAAAGCCCUAGCUCACUCAACCUGUCCUCACAAGACCUGCUCUCCAAUCCAGGCAGCAUCCUGGUAAGUCUCCUCUGCACCCUCUCGAAAGCUUCCACAUCCUUCCUAUAAUGAGGUGACCAGAACUGAACACAAUACUCCAAGAGUGGUCUAACCAGAGUUCCAUAGAGCUGCAACAUUAUCUUGCGGUUCUUGAACUCAAUACCCUGACUAAUGAAGGCCAACACACCAUACGUCUUCUUAACCCUAUCAACCUGCACAGCAACCUUGAAGGAUCUAUGGAUGUGGACCCUAAGAUCCCUCUAUUCCUCCACACUGCUAAGAGUCCUGCCAUUAACCUGGUAUUUUGCCUUCAAAUUUGACCUUCCAACGUGUAUCACUUCACACUUUUCCGGUUUGAACUCCAUCUGCCACUUCUCAGCCCAGCUCUGCAUCCUAUCAAUAUCCUGUUGUAACCUACAGCAACCUUCUACACUAUCCACAACACCGUCAACCUUUGUAUCAUCAUCAAACUUACUAACCCACCCUUCCACAUCCUCAUCCAAGUCAUUUAUAAAAAUCACAAAGAGCAGGGAUCCCAGAACAGAUCCCUGCGGAACACCACUGGUCACCGACCUCCAGGAUUGGGCUACUUGUUGGUUAUCAGUGAUUGAGGGUUGGGCAGGGGAGGGAGGAACUGGAAUCAGGCACUGGUCAGCAGGCUCCGACUGGGGGUAGGAAUUGAGAGAAGCAUCCCCAACCCUCCACACCCUGCCUUCAGCGGCGCAUAAUCACUGGUUGAAUUUCAGGAGCUGCUGAACUGCAUCUUAACUUGGUUUUAUGCUCCUGGGUAGACUAAUGUGGCAGUAGGAAGGUUCCUACAACAACUCAUAGAGGGAGUCAUACAGCAUGGAAACAGGCCCUUUGGUCUACCAAGUUUGCGGUGACCAUCAAACAUCCACUUACACGAAUCCUACACUGAUUCAUUUUGUUCUCACAUUCCCCAGAUUCCACCACUCAGCUGUACACUAUGGGUAAUUUACAGUGGCCAAUUAAUCUACCAACCCGCACGUCUUUGGGCUGUGGGAGGAAACCGGAGCAGUUGGGGGAAACCCACACAGUCAGAGGGAGAAGUUGCAAACUCCACACGGACGGCACUUGAGGUCAGGAUUGAACCCGGGUCAUUGGAGGUGUGGGCCAGCAGCUCUCCCAGAUCUGUUUUGCGUAUGUGAGUGGUAAUGGGAAUUGCUCAUCAGCACCCUGGAGUCUCCAGAGGCCAAUUAAUGCUUGGAAAUAGGUGCUAACUGGCUAAAUAUCUGGUUCUUUAUCUCACCAAAGACAAGCUUGAGUCAGGAAAACCAUGCACUUUAUUAGAACCUUUCAGACUCACAAAGUUCUUGACGACCACCCAAGAACUGUUUGAAGUAUAGCCACAGUUGGAAGCAUGGAAACCAACUUGCACACAGCAAGCUCCCACAAAUGGCAAUAGGAUAUUACCAAGUAAAUGUUCUUUCUUGGAAUGUCGAUUUGGGCCAAAAGCUGACCAGGACCCCACAGAAAACAACCCUUUCCUUCAACACAAGGCAAGGAUGUUUUUCUUACAACUGUCAGAGAGAGCAGGCAGGUCCUAUGUUUACUGUCUCUUCCAGAAGACAAAUGAGUAAAAUUUAGGUGGAUUGUUUCCCUUCAGAUCUCCCUUUGCAUUAGCUCAGUGCUAGCUACAGUUCCCGAGGGGAGCUGAAACCCGGGCAAGGAUGGAGCAAAAGGCAGAUCGCAGACACAAGGCUAACAGCAAAAGAAUGCAGUGCUUUGAGUUAAUUCACACAGUUCUGAAGUGACUGCCUGAGGGUGUGCUGUCAACAUCUCUCCACCAGGACCUGUUAUUUAUUUAUGACUUAGUAGAAAGGGAAAAUACUGGCUAAAAUUAUGUUUCUGCCACUGAAGUCUCUGAUCAAGAGCAUAGUGGAAGUAUAUUGUUGCAUAGGAACGUAAGAAGCUGCAGGGAGUAGUGAAUUCAGCCCAAUACAUCACGGGCACAUCCCUCCCCACCAUCAAAAGUAUCUACAGGAGGCCCAGCCUCAAGAAAGCAACAUUCA